UAUGUCUCUAUGUCAUAGUUUACCGAAUGUAACGAAAAAUGCAACAUAACGUUUCCACAUUUUACCUGAUUAAAGAAACGAUGCUAUGAUAUUAGAAUCCAUUUUAUCCUGCUCAUAUUUAUUGUUAACUUGCGAAUUCUGCAUCUACACAUUGAUAAAGCACUCAUACAACGAAUACCAGAGACUUCUCCCACAUCUUGCGUGCGCAUGUAGCGGUAUUGCGAUGAUCGGCGCACGAUCUGUGUUCGUACUUAUGUAUAAACUAUUUUUUAAAGAAUAUGCUUUCGAUCCAGUGAUUAUAGAACUGGACGAGAAGCUAAACAAAGAGAAACCUAAUUUGUUGGAUAAUAUUCUCGGCAGUCUCAGUGUGACCACUUUAAUCUACUCUCUAUAUUGCCAUCAUAAAUAUUAUGUUCUCGGUGCUUGCAUCAUAACCGGUUUAUCGAUUGCCGAUUUGGCUAAAUUACGAACGUCGUCUACACAACCACAAGUAUUAACGGCGAUGAUACUCAAUUGUAUAGCAUUUUUCCUGAAAGGAUUCUGUACACGUCUAGAAGCACUGCACUUGUCGAGAUACUUAGUUGGUAACAAUUACGGGUUAGUGGCCACUUAUCCUUAUCUUCUAGCAAACUGGGCAGUGCCUCCGGAAGGAUUCUACCAGGCAUGGACUAUACAACGAACAAUUAAUGAUUACAUGAUGAUGGCUUACUUAAUAUUUAUGACAGAGGCACUUCGUCAAACAUUUAGGCCAUAAAGAUACCUGAUAA